GGCCCGGGCGCCGCGUCAUUUCCGGAAAUGGCGGCGUGAUGGCGGAGUUGCAGAGUUCGGGGCCUCUGGCCGGGAAUGACGCCAACUCUCCCGGACUCGGCGAGAAAUCCGGCAAAAAAUGGGUGCGGCUGAACGUAGGCGGAACGUACUUCAUUAGCACCAAGGAGACGCUGUGCCGCGACCCCAAAUCCUUCCUGUGCCGCCUGUGCCAGGAGGACCCGGACCUGGACUCGGACAAGGAUGAAACUGGUGCCUAUCUCAUAGACAGAGACCCAAGUUACUUUGGGCCGAUCCUCAACUAUCUUCGACAUGGAAAACUGAUCAUUAAUAAGGACUUGGCAGAGGAGGGGGUGUUGGAGGAGGCAGAGUUCUAUAAUAUUGCCUUACUUGUCCGAUUAGUCAAAGAACGUAUUCGGGACUUGGAGAACAGGACCUCACAGGGUCCAGUGAAACACGUUUACCGUGUUCUACAGUGUCAGGAGGAGGAACUCACGCAAAUGGUCUCAACAAUGUCGGACGGAUGGAAAUUUGAGCAGCUCAUUAACAUUGGAUCCUCCUACAAUUAUGGCUGCGAAGAUCAGGCUGAAUUUCUCUGCGUUGUCUCCAGGGAGCUCAAUAACUCAACUAAUGGAAUUGUCAUAGAGCCCAGUGAGAAAGCCAAGAUUCUGCAAGAGCGAGGCUCAAGGAUGUGACCUUGUCGAUCGGAAUUGCUGUUUACAUUCCGUAUGUUGAAGAAGAAUCCUCCGCUUACUGGGAGCACUGAACCUUUGCCAUCUUCUGACACUGGUCUCAAAACUUUCAGUUCACAUGGGCCUGCAAGAUUCGAAGGCUCGUUUUACUGAGAAAUCAACCUCUCUGCCUUUCACCUGAAGCCUACGAGAGGCUCACGGCAUUUCUCUCAAAAGUUAAUUGUUAAGGCUGCCAAAUCUCCCUGUGUCAUUGUUUGUUGUUGUGUUAUAUAUAUAUAUAUCCAUAUAUAUAUAUCCAACCAAUGCAUUGAAUUGCCUUUAAUGGACCUGUGAUGUUGCUUGUUCCUCUGUGAAUAGGAAACUGAGCCACAUUAAUUUUGAUAUGUGUGCGCAGUGAAAGUUAUUUUAUGUUCUACCUGUGGAGCAUUAUGUGCAUGGAUUCCACUCAAUAAAUUCAGGGCACGUUUCACGGGAGGGGCAGGAUACAGUAUUGUAAUUGUGUAAAUUGAAUGGUGAAAUUCAGUAUUCAUGUUAAUGUUAUAUUUUUCCUCUUGCAUUGGAUCACUACUGUUAUGACACUAAUGUGAUGAUUAAACUACUCAGUAUUGUCA